UUUACAAUUCGUUCGGAUCGUUCGAAAUUUUUUUUUUUUCUUUUUCAACAGCCCCGAGUUUGUUUACUGAGUCUACACUCUAGCGUCUCUGCUCAUGUGUGUGGGGUUAAGUGAAUAGAAAGUGUAAACCUUGAUGAUCUUGUUGAACCUCAAAUUUCAGCAUGAAAAUAACUUUAUCAAUUCCUCUCCAGCGUGGCAAUGUUCAUUUUGGGACAAGUUUUGGUUCGAUAACCCCAACGUUGUCUCAAAAGCGCAGCAUGUUCAUUCUAGGUAUGGGAUUCGUGGGCCAAUCACUUGCACGCAAACUCCACAAUCAAGGAUGGAUCGUGUCCGGUACUUGCACAACCCAUGUGAAGAAGAAGCAGCUCCAGGACACGGGCUUUCAUGUUCACCUCUUUGAUGCAAAUCACCCUGAUCCGGGUAUCCUACAACUAGUGAAAAAUUACACUCACAUUCUUGUUUCUGUCCCCCCUGUUGUGGGUAUUGGUGACCCGAUGCUUCAGCAUGAAGAAGUUAUAAGAAGCUCAUUAGUCAAUGGGGAUCUUCAAUGGCUCUGUUACUUGUCUUCAACAAGUGUCUAUGGAGACUGUGAUGGUGAAUUGGUGGAUGAGGAUUAUCCAACAAACCCAGAAAGUGAGUUGACUAAAUUAAGGUUAAUGUCUGAAGAAGGCUGGUCAAAUUUGGCUCACUAUCUUGGGAUUUCACCGCUUUUAUUUCGACUGGGAGGUAUUUAUGGCCCGGGUAGAAGUGCUGUUGAUACAAUAAUCAAGCAGAAGCCUAUGUCAGAAGGUCAGAAGAGGAGAAAAUACCGAAAAUAUACAUCCAGAGUACAUGUUGAGGACAUCUGUCAGGCACUUAUGGCUACACUUUAUGCACCUUCCCCCAGUGAAGUUUACAAUAUCGUUGAUGAUGACCCUGCUCCGAGGGAAGAAGUAUUUGAAUAUGCAAUGAAAUUGGUGGAGAAAAAGUGGCCGGAAUUGAAGUUUCAAAGUGUGGAGCAGAGGCAGAAAGUGAUGUCUAGUGUAAAUCCAAGGGGUGAGAAGCGAGUAUGCAAUGCCCGAAUGAAGAGGGAACUUGGGGUACAACUUCUUUACCCUGAUUACAGAUCAGGACUGAAGAGCAUAAUUGACCACAUUGAGAGGCCAUUCCACUGUCAUUGAUCAAUGUCUUAUUCUAUUGUCAUCCAUGUUUGCUUCCAUAUGGGGUGUAAAUGCUAUUGUUGUAGUACUUCACAAUGUUGAACUUUUAUAAAAAGCAUUUGAUAUAUUUAUUUUGAA